AUGCCUUUGCUUCUAACAAAAGAGCCAUCCCCUUCCAUCUUUGUCCGCGCACGAUUAGGGUGGACCGAGGUAUCGCUUAGCUCGACAGUAAGGUUAUCGCAAUCACGUGGUUGAGUGUGGAGAAAGGGUGCGAGUACUGGGUGCCGGGCUUUUCCCAUCAUGUGAAUUGUCAAUUGCUCAAGUAUAAAGACCACAGAUCCCGCUGCCAAUAUCUCAUACGAUAUUCACCACUGUGCACACUCCAAAACACCAAAAAACACACAAUGUCUGACUUGAAAGCUGAUGGAUUUAACGCGUCUUCCUUGUUCCAGGAAUUGAACGAUGGCUUGAAGGAUGAAGCCGCCAAAAAGAAGGCCAUUGCAGGCGUCAAGGCUGUCAUUGUGAUUACCUUGAAGAACAAAGAGGGCAAAGACCAAUCGUGGGUGUUGAACUUGAAGAAUGAAGGGUCGAUCAAGAAAACCGACUCUGUGCCCAAGAACGACGUGCAGUUGUUGAUGAAGGACGCCGACUUCGUUAAGUUGGCCAGCGGAAAGGCCAACGGCCAGAAGUUAUUCAUGAACGGAAAGUUGAAAGUCAAGGGCAACAUGAUGAAGGCCACGGCCAUCGACUCCGUGUUCAAGUCCAUCCGCCCCAAACCAAAGUUGUAAACCCUUUGUAUAUCUACUUAGUACCGGCGAGUAACUCCGAGAU